CAUGUAUGUCUCUGAACUGCAUUGCAUGCUUGGUGCCUGUGGAGGUCAGAAGAGGCCGUCAGAUGUUACAGAUGGUUGUGAGCUACCAUGUGGGUGCUGGGAACUGGACCUGUGUCCUCUGCAAGAGCAGCCAGUGUUCUUAUCCAUUGGGCCGUGUCUGCAGCACUCCCGGGCCUUGCAGUGGCAUGUAGAACCUUAUUACCCUUCUUUCCGUAAACGAAGCGAGCAGUAGAGCAGCGGAGAGCACAGCUGCAUCCUAACAAAAUACACUUUCCCUUGGAGCCAAAUCCUUCACGUGCCAUCAGUGCGAACGCUGAGCCACUAAGUGAUUAUUUUUAUUGACACCUCUGAGACUCUAGAAUUGUGAAGAAUGGGGACCCCGCCUCAGCUCCUUUUUGUUGGACACUGUGUUGAUGCCUGGCUUAGUGGGGGUUCUAUUGCUGUAGUGAAACAUGAAAACUUGGGGCGGGAAGGGUUUAUUUGAUGUACACUUCCACAUAGUCUUCCAUCAUGGAAGGAAGUCAGGGCAGGAAUUCAGACAGGGCAGGAGUCAUGGAGUGUUGCCUACUGGCCUGUUCCUCGUGGCUUGCUCACCCUGCUUUCUUUUAAAACCCAGGACCCCCAGCUCAGGAUUGGCACCACUCGCAAUGGCCUUGGGCCCCUUCCACAUCAAUCGCUAAUUAAGAAAAUGCCAUUCAGGCUUGCCUGCAGCCUGAUCUUGUGGAAGUAUUUUCUCAGCUGAGGUUCCUAUCUCUCAGAUGACUCUAGCUUGUCAUAAAAACUGCCAGCAAAAUACUUGACAGAUAGAGAAUGGAUAGAAUAAGCUAAUUCAAAGGAUGUAGAUUUUUGAAUGCAUGCCAAGUUGUUUUCUCUCUGCCCCCCCCCCCCAAAAAAAAACCCAGAGUUCCUUAAUACCAUCCACCCAGCCGUGCCCUGGAGAAGCAGUGACCUGGGCAGUAGCACAGAUAUAUGGCCCUUCCUCAUAGACUGAGUCAGCAGACAUGCAGCUCUCCUCCACUAUCCAGGGCAAGGCACGAUGCUCCAGAUCCACCCCACAGUGCCCCACAGUGCCCACAGUGACAGUGCUCCACAGUGACAGACAGUGCUCCACAGUGACAGUGCUCCACAGUGACAGUGCCCCACAGUGACAGUGCCCCACAGUGACAGUGCCCCACAGUGACAGUGCCCCACAGUCAUAGUGCCCCACAGCGACAGUGCCCCACAGUGACAGUGCCCCACAGUGACAGUGCCCCCAUAGUGCCCCACAGUCAUAUGUCCCACAGUGACAGUGCUCCACAGUGCCCCACAGCAACAGUGCCCCAACAGUGACAGUGCCCCAGAGGGACAGUGGAGUUUGGCUUUGGAGAACAGACAUGGAGUCUAAGAAUCUGUUGGUUCCAUCUGGAGCCAGGCAUGUUUUAUCAGCUCCCUUCAUACUGCAGAGCAUCUGUCACAGUGGCUUGUGAGGCACUUUCUGGAGACGCAUUCAUAUUCAUGUCAAGACAGGCUCAUAGAAGCUGGGCAGGUGACCACUGCCUUUCAUGCAGUCCAGCUCCACUGGCUGUAGAUUCUCAUUGAAUGUGUGUUUGAAUGAACGCCGUCCCAAGCACUUAAACUCUGGCUCCAUAUUCCUGAUGUUUUUGUAGCACAGGGCAGUGUUUUCCGUCAGAUGAUAAGUGUGCGCAGGCAGCCUCAACUUCUGGUGAAACUUCGGUCUCUGAACAGGAGGUCCAGGGCCAUGCUCAGUCUGCUGCCAGAAACCCUGGUGGGGAGUAUGUGCUCUGCUCACUUACUGAUAUUUUACCGACAAAUUCUUGGAGAUGUGCUCCUGAGAGACAGGACAAACCUGCAAAGUGCCGAUUUAAUCAGUCAUCCCGUGCUGGCCACCUUCCCUCUGCUCCUGGAGCAGCCCGACGUGAUGGAUGCUCUCAGGAGUUCCUGGUCUGAGAAAGAAAGUACACUAAAGCGAGCAGAGAAGAGAGACAAAGAGCUCCUAAAGGCUGAGUUCCUCCUGGUCUACCAUGACUGCGUGCUCCCUCUUCUGCACUCGACACUGCUGCCCCCCUUUAGGUGGGCCGAGGAAGAGACAGAGGCUGCAAGAUGGAAAGCCAUUGCUGACUUCCUCAAGCAGAGCCGGGAGAACGAGGGUUCCCUGAAGGCUCUGCUGUCACCAGAUGGAGUUCACAAACCAUUUGACCUUUCGGAGCAGACCUUUGACUUCUUGGGUGAAAUAAGAAAGAACUCAGGCUAAUGGCGACCAUGCUCCGAUUCCCACUGGACCCAGGGAGCUUCCAGGAAGACUUGCCUCAAACAACUGAGCCAAAGACAGACUGGUUAGAACGUAGUCAUAUGCUUUUGUGUGCAAAUAAUAUUUUCAAAGAACUAAUAAUAAUUUGAUUGAGUGUAAAACAAUAAAAUAAAUUUUAUAAGGAA